AUGUCUUCGUCAGCAAUCCUCAUCUCGAUUUCACAAUGGCUCGUUAUCAUAGUUGGCCUUUCUUUUCUAUUUUUUGGUCUUAUUGGCACACUGGCUAAUCUAUUGAUAUUCUCAAAUCGACGUCUUCGAAAGCUGCCUUCGACUCAAUAUAUUCUCAUUCAAUCUAUUUUCAAUAUUCUUAUUUUUAGCUUCGCUCUUUUAGCUCAAAUACUUGUUACAGGAUUUGUUUGGCCUUAUUUCUUUGCUUUUCGACUCGUCUGUAUAUCACGUAAUUAUAUUGGAAUAUUUUCAACACAAUCAUAUCUUUAUCUCAAAUGUCUAGUAGCAUUUGAUGCAUGGGCAUCAACAUCAGAAUCUGUAUCAAUUCGUCAAUGGAGUACUGUUAGGCGAGCUCGUCUUCUCAUUUUGAUCAAUAUCAUGUUUUGGAGUUUACUUAGUAUUCCCUAUGCCAUUUGGAAUAAUAAUAUCCUACAGAAAAAUAUCUGGCAAUGUUCUUUAGUUGGUGAAAUAUUUCAAAAAUAUCACGGAUACUUUUUUGUUCCAACUUUAGUUCUAUUCAUUCCUUUAUUAUGGCUCAGUUUCUUUGGAUAUCAUACUUAUAAACAUAUAACUCGUUUUAAAAGAUGUAUUCGUCGUCUAGUACGAUUAAAACAACAAUUUACUCCUAUGAUCCUUGCACAAGUUUUUGUGUUGAUCAUCUCAUUCGUACCUUACACUGUACAAUACACUUACACAACAAUUACAGCUAAUUGGCAGAAAGAUUCUCAAUGGUUGGCAAUAGAUAGUAUCAUUGUUCUUACUGGUCGCAUGUGUUUCUUUUUCAACAAUGCUGUUGAAUUUUAUAUUUAUAUUUAUCUAUCAAGUGAAAUUCGAUCAAUUUUCAAACAAUUAAUAUUCAAAUUAAUACCUAUUCGACUACGAAAUGUAGUAUUACCCAUCUGA